AUGGGUGGUGCGACGACGUCUUCUCUCAAUGUAGCCGGCAAUGGCGAAGGGAAGAAGCAGAUCUUAAUCAAUGCAUUCGACAUGUCAACAGUGGGGCAUUUAUCUCCUGGACAAUGGAAGGAUCCCAAAGACCGAUCAGCCACUAAGCGUCGACUGGACUAUUGGAUCAACUUAGCAAAGCUCCUGGAGCGCGGCGGAAUCAACGCUUUGUUCCUGGCAGACACGACUGGAGGCUAUGAUACCUACCAGGGCAAAGUCGACGAGUGUAUCCGACGAGCUGCGCAAUGGCCCGUGACGGAUCCGACAAUCCCCAUUUCCGCAAUGGCUGCCGUGACCAAGAACCUGUCCUUUGCCAUUACAGCGUCGACAUCAUUCGAGCAGCCCUUCCUGCUGGCUAAGCGGUUUUCUACCCUCGACCAUCUGACCGAUGGCCGGUUCGGCUGGAACAUUGUCACAUCUUACAAGAAGGCGGCAUUCAAAGCCAUUGGCCUUGAGACUCCAGUCGAGCAUGACGAGCGGUACCUCCAGGCUGAUGAGUACUUGCGUGUUCUGUACAAGCUUUGGGAAGGCUCGUGGGCAUCAGACGCCGUGAACCCCAAGCCCGACGAAGACUCCUAUGUCGACCCCGACAAGGUCCGCCAAAUCAACCAUAAAGGGAAAUACUUCUCACUCAACGCACGACACAUCGUUGACCCAUCGCCACAACGCACCCCAUUCCUUUUCCAGGCAGGGACCUCUGCGGCCGGGUCGACCUUUGCUGCGACUCAUGCUGAGGCAAUUUUCGUCUCGUCGCACUCCCCCGAAGUUUUGCGCCCCAAGGUCCAGGCGAUUCGAAAGCAAGCCGCCGAGCUCGGUCGUGAUCCACAGUCCAUCAAAUUCUUUGGAACAUUUACACCAAUUGUCGGUCGAACAGACGAGGAAGCGCAGGAAAAGUACGAGGAUCUGAAGAAGAAUGCAUCCGUGAUCGGUGGUCUGGUCCUGUUCAGUGGCUGGACAGGCAUCGACAUCUCCAAGAUUCCCUUGGAUCAAGAAAUCAAGCCCGAAGACUCGCACGAGGCCGGCCGAAUCACCAGUCUGCUGGACUCCUUCCUCAAAAGCAGCAAGGAUGUUCCGAAGUGGACUCCCCGAAUCGUUGCGCAGAAGGCAGCGAUCGGUGGUCUUGGCCCCGUUGCUAUUGGUAGCCCCCAGACUGUUGCUGAUGAGAUGGAGCGCUGGAUCCGAGAGGCUGAGAUUGACGGGUUCAACAUUGCCUACGUUACUACGCCAGGAACGUUCGAAGAUCUCAUCGACUUGGUGCUUCCUGAGCUGCGCAAACGAGGCCUCUAUCCCGAGCUUCCAGAUCCCUCGGAGGAGCCAUUGACUGCUCGUGAAAGAGUUUAUGGUCGUGGCCAGAAGGAGCUCCGGGCGGACCACCCAGCCUCUAGAUAUAAGUAUGAUGUGUACCAGGAAGAGGAGCCAUACAUUGCCGAAUAA